AUGACAGACCUUGCUCGCGAUGAAGUCAUUGACAGCAUAGUGAAUCCACGACCGGAAAAUGCUCAAAAGCUUCUAGUCAGCCUCGGUUUUGACAGACUUCCAUCUCGUGAACAAGUUCAUCGUAAUAUCGAGGAAAAGUUCCUUCUACCAAAAGAUCAGCUUCCUGAGGAUUGGCUUCCGGACUAUCAGAUUCACUGGGAACAUUCGAUAUCUGUCCCUUCGUUACUGGCGCGAUCUCCCGCUCCACCGCCGACCUCACUAUCGUUUGUAAGAGCAGGCCUUCAUGGAAGAGUGACCGGGUACGCCGAGACGCCCAACCCACCUGUCCGCACUGGUCUCACAUCUACAUCCAUCGAUCGGGCACCGGGGCCGAACAAGAAUUUCGUCAGGGGAAAAUCUGGAUACGUUCCUUUUUGGCCAGGCGGUCUCGAGAGUCUCGUCCCAGUGCUGAAGGAAGAUGAGUCCGAUACGGAUUCGAAAGGCCUUCGGACCACUCCUCCAGGACUUUCGCGGGGGCUUCGUCUUCCUGGGGAUGGUCAAGAUGACGAAUAUCUUUCUGAAAUAAAUGCGAUAUCCAAAAAAUCAUCACGGAACGAUUACGAGAGAUCACACCUCAGUCCUAUCUCCUCGCCACAUAAACCUGUCCGAAAGGUGAAGAUUCAGAAGCGAGAUUGGGCGCAUGUCAUCGAUAUCAACAAACCAAUGAAAAACUUCCACACACUCGUUCCCGAGAUGGCACACAAAUACCCCUUCGAGUUGGACACCUUCCAGAAGGAAGCUGUCUAUCACCUCGAGAUGGGAAACUCAGUAUUUGUCGCUGCACAUACUUCUGCUGGAAAAACUGUGGUCGCCGAGUACGCCAUCGCUCUUGCAGAAAAGCACAUGACUAGAGCCAUUUAUACGUCUCCAAUCAAGGCGCUUUCAAAUCAGAAGUUCCGAGACUUCAAGCAGACGUUCUCGUCAAACUCUGUUGGAAUCCUCACGGGAGACGUCCAAAUAAAUCCAGAGGCUAACUGUCUUGUUAUGACGACUGAAAUCCUGCGUAGCAUGCUCUACAAAGGCGCCGACCUGAUACGUGACGUCGAAUUCGUCAUCUUCGAUGAGGUGCAUUAUGUGAACGAUGCUGAGCGUGGUGUUGUAUGGGAGGAAGUCAUCAUCAUGUUGCCGGAUCAUGUGAAUAUAAUUCUGCUAUCCGCCACUGUACCAAAUGCGAGAGAGUUCGCAGAUUGGGUUGGCCGCACGAAGAAAAAAGACAUAUAUGUCAUAUACACGGCCAAGCGUCCUGUGCCACUCGAACACUACUUAUAUGCAGGGCGGGAGAUGCACAAAAUUGUUGAUGCAAAUCGAAACUUUGUAGCGGAUGGGUACAAAAGUGCAGGCGAAGCGCUUCGAAGAAAACAAGACAAGGAACGUGAGGCAGCGGGACUACCACCGGUCCAGCGGGUAGGUGCCAGGGGUGCAGCGCCCCAGAGAGGUCAACGUGGAGCAGCAGGUGGGCGCGGAGGUGUUUCUCCUCGUGGUGGACAAGCCCGAGGGGGACAGGCCCGAGGAGCUCCAAUUGCACGCGGAGGAGGAUCAUCACGAACAUUCCAUCAAGUCGACAAGAGUCUUUAUGUUCAUUUACUAGGCCACCUGCGGAAGAGUGCACUUCUACCGGUUGUCGUGUUUACACUCUCAAAGAAACGAUGCGAAGAGAACGCUGGUUCGUUAUCGAAUCUGGACCUCUGCUCAGCCGUCGAAAAGAGCGAGGUACAUGUCGCCAUUGAGAAGGCUGUGGCACGAUUGAAGGGAAGCGACAAAAGAUUGCCCCAAAUUUCCAGAAUGAAGGACUUGCUGUCGCGAGGAAUAGGUGUGCAUCAUGGAGGGCUAUUGCCCAUCGUCAAGGAGGUUGUUGAAAUCUUGUUUGCUCGUGGUCUAGUCAAGGUUUUAUUUGCGACCGAGACCUUUGCGAUGGGCGUGAACAUGCCUGCAAAAUGUGUUGUGUUUUCAAGCAUUCGCAAGCACGAUGGGCGCAGUUUCCGAGAUAUUCUACCUGGCGAAUACACUCAGAUGGCUGGUCGAGCGGGUCGACGAGGUCUUGAUACCACAGGAACCGUCAUAAUUAUCUCUGGCGAUCAACUACCCGAGCAAACCGCACUACAGCUCAUGAUACUGGGAAAACCUGGAAAGCUGAACUCUCAAUUUCGCCUCACCUACAACAUGAUUCUCAAUCUUUUGCGCGUCGAAGCGCUAAAGGUCGAAGAAAUGAUCAAACGUAGUUUUUCAGAAAACGCUUCCCAGAAACUGCUACCUGACCAGCAACUGAAGGUCGCCGAAAGUGAACAGAAACUUUCGACACUCCAAAAGUUGCAAUGUGACGUCUGCUCAGAUGACAUCAACGCUUACUAUGAUGCUUCAACGGAUUUAGUUGACUUCACGCAAACCCUUUUGACUAUUGUCGCCAAUACACCACAAGGUUCAAAAUACUUCACACCAGGACGAGCUGUCAUCCUGAGAGAUGGGCAUUUCAGAUGGAGUGCAGCCGUAUUGCUCAAGCCCACUGCCUCCAAAGAAAAGGUGAAAACCUUCUGGGUGCUAGCUCGGGUAGAUCAAGAGACGAAGAGCGGGAAGAAUGAUGUCGACACGCAGCUUGUCCCACCACGAUGGCAGGCCGACCCUCAAAUUCUACAGAUCGAUGAUGCCGUUUACGAGUUGGUGGCAGCCCCGAUUACCAGUAUAUCUAUGGUGACAGAUCGUAUAGUGAAGGUUGAUGUAGAUGCUAUUGUCGAACGACAUAAGACCUCGCCAAUGAAUGAGGUUAUUGCUUCUCUCAAAGACUUGAUCGACAAAUGGAUAUCAAUGGGUACGGUGCCCGAGGCACCCUGGCCUCGUAUGCGAGCUCUCGAGUUUCAAGAAGUGCUGCAAUCGAGAAGUCAAGCCCUGCAGCGAAUACAAAGCUCGUCUUGCACGCUUUGCAGCGAUUUCGAUCAUCAUUACACGCUACUCCAUGCCGAGAAGACAUUACGAGCCAAUAUCGCGAACCUCAAACUGGCCAUCUCGGAUCAAAAUUUGGAGCUCAUCCCAGACUAUGAGCAGCGUAUCGAAGUGCUCAAAGAGCUGAAAUUCAUUGAUAAUAAUUCAACAGUUCAUCUGAAAGGACGUGUAGCUUGUGAGAUCAACUCGGUAAACGAGCUGAUUCUUACGGAACUGAUUCUUGACAAUACUCUCGCUACAUAUGAGCCGGAAGAAGUCGUCGCCCUUCUGUCGUCAUUUGUAUUCCAGGAGAAGACUGAUUCAGAGCCGUUGAUAUCACCGAGGUUGGAGGAGGGUCGAGCUGCCAUUCUGACUAUCGCAGAUCGGAUCGGCAGGGUCCAAGACCGACAUAAGGUCGCAGCAGAUGACUUCAGGUCCAGCUUGAAGUUUGGCCUCAUGGAGGUUGUUUAUGAAUGGGCCCAGGGCAUGCCAUUCGAGAAAUUGACUGAUCUGACGGACGUGCCCGAGGGGACCAUUGUACGAGUAAUCAACAGGUUAGACGAAACUUGCAGGGAGGUUAGGGAUGCGGCGCGAGUCAUCGGAGACACAGAACUCAUGAAAAAGAUGGAGGAGGCGCAGAACAAGAUCAAGAGAGAUAUCGUGUUUGCAGCAAGUCUGUAUUUCUAGCAGAUUCAGGUAGUCCGAGCAAUAUAUCGCUAGCAGUUUUGUUUUGUUAACGUUCACUACAUGAAUGUGUAAUUCUAGAACUUUUAUAAGC